GAGAGAGGUAGGGAGAGAGGGAGGAAGGAAGGAGGAGGGCUUCCCGCGUGCUCGUCGGCCAGAGCGGCGGCACACUCAGCAGCAGCAGCAGCCGCGAGGAGAGGAGCGCAGAGGAAGCAGCAAGAGCAGCGAGGCGAGCCUGGGAGCGCGCGCCGAGGUUCGAAUUGGAAGAGGCAUGCUUAUUUAGACGCUUCUAAAUAGCAUUUGCCACCCACCCUAAUCAAACCAUGGUGAUCAUGUCGGAUUAUACACCGGUCCCCACCUCAAACCAGAGCCAGCAAAGGCCUCUUCGAGUUGGAUUCUAUGAUAUCGAGAGGACCUUAGGAAAAGGCAAUUUUGCCGUGGUGAAGCUGGCUAGACACAGAGUCACCAAAACACAGGUGGCAAUAAAAAUAAUAGACAAAACACGGUUAGAUCCAAGCAAUCUGGAGAAAAUCUAUAGAGAGGUUCAGAUAAUGAAGCUUUUGAACCACCCUCAUAUUAUCAAGCUGUAUCAGGUUAUGGAAACAAAAGAUAUGCUUUACAUUGUGACUGAAUUCGCAAAAAAUGGAGAAAUGUUUGAUCAUUUGACAUCCCAUGGGCACCUGAGUGAGAGUGAAGCUCGGAAGAAAUUCUGGCAGAUCCUAUCAGCUGUCGAAUAUUGCCAUAGCCACCACAUAGUGCACAGAGACCUCAAAACGGAGAACCUUCUGUUAGAUGCCAACAUGAACAUCAAGCUUGCAGACUUUGGGUUUGGAAACUUCUACAAAUCUGGUGAGCCUCUCUCCACCUGGUGCGGAAGUCCCCCGUAUGCAGCUCCAGAAGUUUUUGAAGGAAAAGAAUAUGAAGGCCCUCACCUUGACAUAUGGAGCCUUGGUGUGGUACUAUAUGUUCUUGUCUGUGGCUCUCUACCAUUUGAUGGACCUAACUUGCCAUCUUUAAGGCAAAGGGUUCUUGAAGGACGAUUUCGCAUCCCCUACUUCAUGUCCCAAGAUUGUGAAACACUCAUCCGACGAAUGCUGGUUGUGGAUCCCACCAAACGAAUCACCAUUGCCCAAAUAAAGCAGCACAAGUGGAUCCUCGCAGACCCUUCUCUGCAGCAGCACCAGUCUUUGUCAUUUUCCAUGCACAGUUACAACUCUAACCUGGGAGACUACAACGAGCAGGUCCUUGGGAUCAUGCAUACUCUUGGCAUCGACCGGCAGAGGACGGUUGAGUCUCUACAGAAUAGCAGCUACAACCAUUUUGCUGCCAUCUAUUAUCUUCUCUUGGAGCGGCUCAAGGAGUAUCGAAGCAAUCAGUUGGCAAACCGGCCAGUGAGCAGCCGUCAGCAAAGGCCAAGGAGCUCAGAUUUCAGCAACAUUGAGUUACCUCAAGACAGCCUUGCCGGUGAGACUUUGAGGUCAUCUCUGAUGUACCAGCAGCCUCAGAAUCUGAUUCAAUCACAUUUGCAGGCAGAAAUGGAUUGUGACAUGAACAACCCUUUACAGCCUGUGUUCUUUCCUGUGGAUCCGAACUUCAACAGUCUUUUUAGGAAUCGCUCAAUCUCUCCAAACAGCCUCCUGGAAACUACCAUCAGUGAAGAAGUUCGGCAGGACAAAGAACUGGAGGAUGAGAUUAAAGCCUUCAACCCCAUUCGCCUCCCCAUCAACACAAGUCGAAGGCACACAUUGGCUGAAGUCACCACUCAUUUUUAUCAGUGCUCCCCACCAUGUAUAGUCAUUUCCUCUUCCACGAAUGGUACAGAAGGAACCAGUUCUGACAGCUGCCUCACUUCCUCAGCCAAUGAUGGCUCUGUGACUCUGAGCAACUGUUUGGAAGAGCAGAUGAUGCUUGGCCACCCAGCCACAACCAGGGUUACGUCAUCAUUCCUGGCUUCCCAUUCAGACACACCAGUGUUGCAGGCUCAGGGCUGCCUGGGAGGUGCUUCGCUGUUACCUGUCAGCUUCCAGGAAGGAAGGAGAGCAUCCGAUACCUCAUUAACACAAGGUUUGAAGGCAUUUAGGCAGCAGCUGCGGAAGAAUGCAAGAGCCAAGGGUUUUCUGGGACUGAAUAAAAUCAAAGGGCUCGCCCGCCAGGUGUGCCAGUCCUCAUCUGCUCGACUAGCACGGAAUAGCAUGGGCCUCUUCCAACAUCCUCAGCAGAAUGCCUGCCUGUAUGGCAGCAGUGGAAACAGUGGCGGAAGUGGCAGCAGCAGUGGCAGCAGCAGAGAGAGCAGGAACUUGCUUGAAGAGGUUCUCCAGCAACAAAGAAUUCUCCAGUUACAGCACAAGCAGCCGGCCUGUCCUCAGCCUUCUCAGGUGUCUCAGCCGCACAUCAUCCCCUUGUCUGACACUGCAGGCAGCAAAGCAUCCAAUUCUCUCCUCCUGACCGAACUGCAAAGUGAGAACUCUUUAGAGCUGGCCUUUCAUAACACUCAGUUUCUCCAGCCUCACCUUUUUGGGGUCGGUGUCUCUCCAGUAAAUUCUACUGCUCAUCUUCUGGACACCCGCCUGCACAUCAGCAACAACGUUUCUCCCAUCGCCUCCAUGUUUUCUCAGCAGAACGGCUUCGCCCUGCAGUCCCAGAGCUAUAAUGCAGUUGCUUUGCAGCAUGGAGACUGUGAAAUGGAGGACCUUACUUCUACCCAGAUGGGGAAAUUUGUCCUGGUGAAAUGAGAAUUGUUUCCCCUGUUCUCUUUCAGGAGAGAGUGAGUGCCGCUUUUCUCAAUAAGAUCCGCAGAUGAGUGGUUUCAUUUUACUUUUAUUUUGCAACAGCAAAUAAUUCUCAAAAGCAAUAACAUGUUUGAAAUAUGUGAAGAGGCCAUUUGGCUUAGUAAAGCUCCUAACUUUAUAGAACUGAGGGGAAAAAGCAAUACUUAUGUCUUUUGGCUUCAACUACUCUUGCACUGAACAAAUAGAAGAAGAAAAUGAAAGGAAAAAACUUCUCUCUUUUUGAAAGAAAAUAAUAACAGGGAAUGGUAAGAAGUGUCAGGGAGAACACUUUUGUGGUACUGUAUUAAGGCUGGGCUGAUACAACUUUGCUGUGUUGCAAAACUGACAGCUGUCAGUGGUUGUGGAACAGCAGGGAAGUGGCAUUUUGAAGAAGGGACCAGAGCUGCCCUGUUCACCAUAUUUGUAUGGAUUUGUGAAGAUGGUGAUUACCUCUUUCUUAAAACAAACAAACAAAAUCUCAUACCCUUCCCAACACAAAAAACACUCUUUAUGCAUAGGUAGAAUAAUAAUAAUUAUUAAAGCAUUGCCAUUGGGUUUUGACAUUGAUAUGAAAGGAACUAAUACCUCUCUGUAUUUUUCUUUUUCCCUGCUGAAACAUACCUUACGAGAAAACUGUGAACUUUUUGCUUUAGUAUCAGCUGUUGGAGCUAAGAAUAGUUUGUAAUCAUUGGAAGCAAUUGAUUUACCCCCUGGGGAUUUUGUUCACUGCUUUCAUGUUGCUUCUUGGGAUGGGUGCGUGUUGAAAAAUAAUAGGAAUAUUUUAUGUAUUAGCGUGGAGUCAUUCAAAUAAUGUGGGAGUAGAAUUGUGAGAGGUCUCUGUUUGAAAGUCCUUUAAAAAUUCUGCUUUCACUUCUCCUUUUGCACCCAACAAAAGCCGAGGGGGCUUUGUAGCCUCUGUGGGGCCUGGUAUAUCUCCGCGCAGUACCUAUUUAUUGCCGCUGCUAAAAGGGUUUAUGCAUUUUACGAUCAGGGUCGAAGCUGAACUGACUCAUUGGGAAAUGUGCAAUACUUGCAACAAUUAUACUGACAGUUUUAGCAAACAGCAUAGCACAAAGCGAUACUCUUCAGAAGUCAUGUUUUGGAACAAACUACAGUAAGGCACAUAGCACAACUUCUGGGUUUUGUUAUUUUGCAUUCUGAUCGAGAAAAUUGUUAUUUUUGCUGUAGGAAAUUUUAUAUGUGGUUUUAAUACUCUGUGUGUUGUGAAUGCCCAUAUAGGUUUUGAAAGACAAUAGACACUACUAAGUUAGGUUUUGAAAUAAGCUUUUUGGAAGAAAAUAUCUCUGGCCAGAAAAUGGCUUCAUUUCAUAUUAAUGGAAGCCAUAUUUAGGAAUUACAAGGAGAGGGGAGUCAACAGUGCCUCCUUUCGUGUCCUAGUUAGUUAAAGAGAAAAAGUUACAUGUCAGGGGCAGGUGAGCAAGUGGUGUGUCAGCUUGGCCCAAAAUUACUGUCCAGAUGUUUUGAAAAGAGCUUCAUUCUAUCUUAACACUUCAAGGACCCAUCUUUCUAAAUGUAACCCGGGUGCCUUCAAGUUACUACUGCUUUGUGCAACCUGCAGUAUUAUAUAUGUAAAAAAGCUAUUUUUUUAAACAAACAAGCCAAAGACUGGUGGGUAAGAGGAGGGAGGGUGGGAAGGGAGCUAGUGUUAAAUGGCUCUUCUGUGGCUCUUCAACUUCUUGAUCUCUGUACAGUUUCUGUGUCGAUGUGUCUUCUGCUACUGCUGCUGCUGUAGAUUUUCAAGGUCAAGGGAAAGAACUCUGACAAACCUUAUUUAUCUCUCUGACUGGGGACUCCUUGGCGGAGAGAAGAAACACCACUCUCAUGCUAACUUGCAAAGCGGUUUGUUGGGAUUGAUGGAUGAAACAGGAUCAUCCCAAAGCAGCAAGCGUUGCCUUCAUUUUCAUAAAAAAGUAGCACACUGUCUUUUUAAGAACUACCUAUUUUUCCUUUCUUGCCAUAGAUCAAAAAGCCACAAAAACAAUGUUUUUGUCCUAAGCAAUGACAAGCACUUUACUUCUCGAGUACUCCCCCUCCCACCCCACACUUUUGCUAUAGAAAAUGCUUUGAAACUGUUCUGAAGUAGGAAAGGUCAUUUUCAACAUUUCAGGGUUUGUGUCUCCCCCCCUCCCCCCCUUUGUAGUGUUCUUGACAGUACUGUUUUGCAGACUGCAAUGCAAUAGAUUAUUUAAAGACACUAUGUGAUUGGUUUAAUUAAGAUGUAUAGUUUUUAUUUUUUAUCAUGACUGAGGGUCAUGUUAUUUCUUAUGUUAAAAUGAGAGAUGUACAUCAAAAUGAUUAGUUGUGUUUUAUUUAAUAUUUAAAUAAAAAAGUUGUUUUAAAGUA